CUGACCCUGGGCCAAAAACACACCCCCAAGAGUAGAGCUGGGCACCAUAAUAUUUAAUACGUUUUAUCACGCUUGUAUUCUGAUGCACGUUGGCCAACACUUCACAAUGAGUCCCGAUACUCUCCUUCGUUCUGAGGGAGAUGGUGAUGUGGUUAGGGUUAGCGCUAUAUAAAUGCAGUCCAUUUACCAUCCGCAUUUGACAUUUGAAUUACAGCAGAAGGAAGCUCGGUUGGACUGUCUUGUUGAGAACAAGGAAGUGCAUUAUCAAAGCAUUUUUUCUGUUGCAAUCAGCAACCGUGAAAAGCACAGCUGGGAUCCCUCUGUAAAAAUGAACUCCUCUACAAUGGAAGUCACUCCUCUGUUUUCCAACCAGUCCUCAGAGAGCUGUGGAGGGGAGACGACCACAGAGAACCUGCUCUUUGGGGGAUACUACAUCCUGGUCUUCCUCCUGGCCUUGAAUGGAAAUGGUGUGGCCCUCUGGAUCUUCUCCCGCCAGCGUGGCACUUCUUCCCCAGCCAACGUCUUUCUCUUGCACCUAGCCAUAGCUGACAUCUCUUAUGUGAUCAUCUUACCCCUACGGGCCACGUAUCACCUGACUGGGGGGCACUGGCCGUUUGGAGAAGUGCCUUGCAGAGUGGCCGGGUUCCUGUUUUACGUCAACAUGUACGCCAGCCUCUACUUCUUGGCUUGCGUGGCCGGCGACCGCUACCUGGCCGUGGUCCACGCGGUGCGGUCGCUGAAGGUCCGCCGCGCCCGCUACGCCCACGCCAUCAGCUUCUCCCUCUGGGCCCUGGUGACCGUCUCCAUGGCGCCCCUCCUGGUCAGCCAGCAGACCUCCGAGGUGGACGGGGUGACCGUGUGCUCGCAGCUGUACCGGGAGAAGGCCUCCCGCCGGGCGCUCGUCUCCCUGGCGGUGGCCUUCACCCCGCCCUUCCUGGCCACCCUCACCUUCUACCUGCUCAUCAUCCAGAGCCUCCACCGGGGCUCCAGGCUGGAGCCGGCCCUCAAGCUGAAGGCCCUGCGCACCAUCGGCCUCGUCCUGCUCAUCUACGUGGUCUGCUUCCUGCCCUACCACGCCAGCCGCGCCAUUUUCAUCCUGGGCUACGGCCACCCCGGCAUCUCCUGCCGGGCCAGGCGCGGCCUGAUGCUGGCCAACCGCCUGACCUCAUCCCUUACCUGUCUGAAUGGAGCCCUGGAUCCCCUCGUCUACCUGUUUGGGGCAGAGAAGUUCAGGGACAGCCUGCAGAGGCUCUUAUGCCAGGAUAAGGCAGGGGGGUCUGGCGCCACCAGUGGGGAGCUGAAGGGAACCCACGAGAGCUCUGUGAGCGCCAGGUCCGAGUUCUGAAGAGGACAAGCUAGCCGGGCCUUUGCCACGGCCAUUUUUAGGAGACCUGCCAUAUUCGUGCAAUUCAUCCUUCCAAAUGAAAACGCUCUGUGGCCUCUGCUUACAACCACAGAAGCGAGUACAAUUAGUUACUUUGAUUUCCCCUAGGGAGUUAAAAGCUAUUAAUUAAUUAUCCCGGUCAAAAUGUAUUGCAUGCUGUUUUUGCCAGGUGUGGCAGGUUGGUGUUGCUGCCUGUCCUCUCAACCAAAAAAAGUUAAGUGCCUAUGAUAGUGAACGGAGAAGUCAGAACAUUGUUAGCACGUCAGUGAGGAUUUGCAUGUUCCCUGACAAAAUGAAUUUAGAUUCUAUAGAUAUCUAUAAUUCAGCAUUUAUUAUAAUCAUCUUUUAUUACCUGCUUGAGUAUUCUUGUUUUGAACUUCAGGUGCAGCUUCGGUGCUUAGUGGUGUAAAUAUUUACAUCACCCAGGGACAGCCCCGGCUAACAAUUUGUGGUUCUCGGAACAUUCCCGGAACGUUAUGAAAAUAAGGGCAAACGUACAGCAUGUACAUUUGUUUGCCGGAUGGCCCUUGAAAGUUACCUUGAUGUAACGAGAAACAUUUCAGAAACAUCCUUAGAACAUUAUAUUCAGUUUCCAUCCAUCCGGCCAUUACCUGUACCCGCUUAU